AUGUUUCUCUUUUACUUUGUCAAACAAGUAUUGCUACCCAAAUUCAUGGCGGUCUGCGAGUGCUUGGCUCCGCUUUCUUCCGUACUGGUAUUCUUGGCUCCCAUUCCAACAAUUCUUCAGGUUUACAGAAAUGGAACGGUCGGAGAUUUGCCUCUGCUGCCAUACACGGCCAUGCUCAACAAUGCAUUUCUUUGGUUUAUCUAUGGAUUCCUGAAUGACGAACCCAAGAUAUGGACUUCCAAUGCGGUCGGUUUCUUUAUCGGAUGCUUUUACUUUUUGGAAUUCAUCCGCUUUGCACCCAAACGAUCUCGAACGCUACCUGGAUCCAUCACGCAACACUUUCACUUUUGCUUUGCACUGGUUUUGGGGACGCUGCUCUUGGCACUGAUUGAUACCUCGGGGGCUGUUAUUGGACAUUUGGCAGUGUUGUUUUGUGUCGCCAUGUUUGCCAGUCCACUGGCAGCAUUGCCCACCGUCAUGGAAACCAAGUCUGCCAAAGCCAUUCCCAUGACGUACACGGUGGCCGUCCUGGCCAACUCGAUUCUAUGGACCAUUGUGGGAAUUCUGGAUAUGCACGACAUUAACAUUUACGUCCCGACCACUUUGGGUUUGGGCCUCAGCGCACUACAGAUUGGAUUGAAAGUCAAAUAUGGGAACGGACCUUCCGAUCUCUUGUCACCAACCACAAUGGGAACCGACCUGUACAGCCCUGUUUUACUGUAUAGUCCCUAG